AUGCGUACCUUCUCUUUUGUCGCUUCUGCUCUGGCUGCUGCCUCUGUUGUGUUCGCUCAGAACAAUACCUACGUGAUUACCGUCGGACACAACACGACCAGUAACGCGAGCUUGGUCUUCCAGCCGCAGGAGGUGCAUGCUGUGGUCGGGGACACGGUCAUCUUCAACUUCACGCUGGGAAACCACACCGCGACACAGGCGACGUUUGCUGAGCCGUGUAUCCCUGCUCAUGAAGCUAACAUCACAAUCAACGGAUUCAACUCUGGAUUCCGUGACGCCGGCAAUGGCACUGCCAUCACGAUCUUGUCAGUUCCCAUCCUCCCGCAGAACGUGAACACUACGAUGUGGUUCUACGACUACAACACGUGUGGAGAGGGUGGUGUGGGCGUGAUCAACGCGAACGACAGUUCGACCCAGACACUGGAGGGUUUCGAGCGUAACGCGGUUCGUUUGAAUGGCACAGGCUCCCUGACGUCGUCGAGCGCGGCAUCUAGUGCGACCUCGCCGAGUGGUACCAGCGGCAGCGCGUCCAGCAGCAGCACCACAACCGGCAAGACCAGCGCGGCACAUCAUCUUGUUGUCGGCAGCCUAAGCGUGCUCCCGCUGAUCGCUGCUGCCCUCACCCUCUAA